CCACGCGCUGCGGCGGUUGCCCGUGGCGCCCGCGAGCCAGCGCUGCAAGCCCGCCGGCUUCUCCUCAGCGGCCGCCGGCUCCCGCUACCCAUGGACGCCCCGCCGCGCCCCGCGCCUCCGCCGCUGCCCCCGGGCCCGCGCCCGGACACGAGCGGCGUCCUGCAGCAGAUCAUGGCCAUCACCUACCAGAGCCUGGACGAGGCACAGGCCAGCAAGCACGCCCUGCACUGCCAUCGGAUGCAGCCGGCUCUCUUCAGCGUGCUCUGCGAGAUCAAGGAAAAGGCAGUGGUGAGCAUCUGCUGCCCCCAGGAAGAGGAGCCCCCCGGCGCCCAGCUCCUGCGGCUGGACAGCAUGCUGCUGGCCGAGGGCGUGGCCGGCGCGGCGGCCCCCGGCGGCUGUCCCAAUGGCGGUCGCACUGAGCGCUCGGACUACAGGGCCCAGCUGGCCCAGAUCCGGCAGAGGUACCGCUCUGAGCUGGAGAAAUAUGAACAGGCCUGCGGCGAGUUCACCACGCACGUCACCCACCUGCUCCGGGAGCAGGGCAGGAUGAGGCCCGUGUCCGCCCUGGAGAUGGAGCGCAUGGUGGGCGUCAUCCGGGGCAGGUUCCGCGCCAUCCAGACGCAGCUGAAGCAGAGCACCUGCGAGGCCGUGAUGACCCUGCGCUCGCGGUUCCUGGAUGCCAGGCGGAAGCGGCGCAACUUCAGCAAGUGGGCGACGGGGGUGCUGAACGAGUACUUCUACUCCCACCUGAGCAGCCCGUACCCCAGCGAGGAGGCCAAGGAGGAGCUGGCCAGGAAGGGCGGCAUCACCGUCUCCCAGGUCUCCAACUGGUUCGGCAACAAAAGGAUCCGCUACAAAAAGAACACGGGCAAGUUCCAGGAGGAGGCCGCCACGUACGCCGGGAGAGCAGCCCCGGACGCCCCCGACGUCGGGGUCCCGCCGCCGCCCGGCCCCGCUUCCCCUGCCCCCUUCCCACUGCUGGCCGGCGCUGGAGACGUGUUUCUGAGCCUGCGGACGCUGGCCUCCCUCCAGCCGCCUCCAGGGGGCGCCUGCCUGAAGUCCCAGGCUGGAGCCGAAGCGCGGGCGCCCUCUGCUGGCCGACGAUGCGAGUGCGGCGAGCGCUCAUUCCCUCGUCGGAAGCGUGGAGAACAGACCACCUCCCCAGGUGCCCCCAACCCCGUUCCCAAGAGGAAUGGGGGGUGGGGGCGACGGGGCUUUGAUGGGGCCCUGGGUUGACUUCAGGCCGCGGGAGUCCCUGAGCCGGCGCCAGGACGUCAGAGGGUGGUGGAGGGCUGCAGAGUUGGGUGGCUCACGCGGGGGCAGACGGGGGACCUGCGGCUACAGCGCCCUUGGCUCAGCCCCUUGAGGAAUAUUAGAGGCCGGGAAGCUGGGGCCCCCACCGGGCCGAGGGCCAGGGGCUACCUCACCCAGGGUAACUGGCGGGACCUGGGCAAACACGGAGGCUAAUCCUCCGCCUGCGGCGCCCGCAUCCCAUGUGGGCACCGGUUCGAGUCCCGGCUGCUCCGCUCUGAUCCAGCUCCCUGCCGUGGCCCGGGAAAGCAGAAGAUGGCCCAAGUGCUUGGCCCCUGCACCUGCGCGGGAGGCCCUGAAGCAGCUCCUGGCUCCAGAUUGGCCAGCUCCGGCCAUUUGGGGACCAGCAGAUGGAGGACCUCUCUCUCUGCCUCUCAAAUAAAUAAAUAAAAUCUUAAAAAAAGAAAAUAAAGAAAGAUAAGGAGACCUUAGGUAUGUCCCCAACAUUUAAAAAAAAAAAAAAAGCGAGGGCAGAAUUAAGCCAAGCACAGGGACCAAGCCGGGCCUGGCUUCGUGGCUCCCAAGGAGAACUGGGGGGGGGGGGGGGGGGGUGCUGGCAUGGAAGCUGCUGAUAGUCCAGAAUCAGGGGCUGGGUCAGCCUCCCCCGGCCAGGACCCCUUCCCUUCCUACUGG